AUGAUCUCCCCUGUUGCACUGUCUACUCGUCUUCCUCAGCGGGCUAUCCCCGCAUUUCGAGGCCAAAGGGCAUUUAGUUCCGCACGCCCGUUGUUCAAGGAAAUUCAGGAUGCCUACAUUAUCAGCGCCUCGCGAACACCAACUGCUAAGUUUAAUGGUUCCUUCGCCUCCGUGUCGGCACCAGAGCUAGGAGCAGUAGCCAUCAAGUCCGCGGUAUCCAAAUCCAAAGUGCCCGUGGAGAAAAUUACAGAUGCAUAUAUGGGAAAUGUUUUACAAGGGUCAGUUGGCCAGGCUCCUGCCCGCCAGGCGUCUAUCUUUGCUGGCUUGCCUCCAACAGUCGAAGCGAUGACUGUCAACAAAGUAUGUGCAUCGGGUCUGAAGGCAGUGGCGCUCGCCGCCCAGAACAUCCAGUUGGGGCUGGCUGAAGCCCAAGUGGCGGGUGGCAUGGAGAACAUGACUCGCGUUCCCUACUAUAUGCCCCGAUCGAGCCAGUUGCCUCCAUUCGGGGAGAUCAAGCUGGAGGACGGGCUGAUUAAGGAUGGCCUGUGGGAUGUGUACAACCAAUUCCACAUGGGCAUCUGUGCUGAACAGACCGCAAAGAAGUAUGAAGUUUCACGCGAGGAUCAGGACCAAUAUGCCAUCCAGUCAUACGAGCGGGCCCAGCAAGCAUGGAAGGAGAACCGUUUUGCAGACGAGAUCGCCCCAGUCACUGUCAAGAGCAAGAAGGGAGACACGGUGUUUGAGCGCGAUGAAGGCUACGAGAACUUGCGCAUCGAUAAGAUGACGACCCUGAAGCCCGCCUUCCUGCGUGACGGGACGGGCACUGUGACGGCGGGCAACGCCUCCACCAUGAAUGAUGGUGCGUCAGCCCUGGUUCUGGGAAAUAAGGAUCUCGCCCGGGAGUUUGGGGCCGGUGGUCGUGCACUGGCUCGCAUUGUAUCCUCAGCUGAUGCAGCCAUCGACCCGGUGGACUUCCCGGUGGCCCCCGCCAAGGCCGUCCCGAUCGCACUGGAGCGGGCGGGCAUCACCAAGGAUCAGGUGGCAGUGUGGGAAUUCAAUGAAGCCUUUGCGGCGGUCAUCAAGGCGAACGAGAAGAUCCUCGGCCUGCAAAAUGCGCGAGUCAACAUGCUGGGUGGUGCUAUCUCCCUCGGCCAUGCUCUUGGCAGCUCUGGUUCUCGCAUUCUGGUCACCCUCCUCCACCAGCUUCAGCCAGGUGAGUAUGGCGUGGCUGCGAUCUGCAACGGUGGUGGAGCAGCAACCGCAAUGGUGGUGCAGAAGCUCGAUCAGGUGAACUGA